GGUUGUCGAAGAUGUUGCGUCCGUUGAGUUUCUUACUGUUUUUGUAAUAUUUGGAGGAUUUGAGAGGUCGUCUGAGGUCGUUAGGGUUAGCUGGGUUUGACUCUGUCGGGCCCAGUUUUUGUUUCGGGAGCAGUCCUGUCAUUUACUUUCAUCUGCGAGAAAUAAAACGAACCAAGGUGAAUACUGCAGCCAGGGAUGCGAACGCAGUUGUAGCUCUAACAUGACGCAGAUUAUGAGGCGCUUGCUCUCUACGCAGAACUCAGUCCGGCUCAGUUGUGCCGUGAUUUUAGUGAUGGUGCUGUCAUUAAGCGGCGUGGCGGAGGGUGUAAUGUACCUCAGCUUUUCAGUGCUGCAACUGGAGGCCCUGCCACCGCUGUUGACUCAUCUUCACAUCCGUAUUUAUGCAGCAUGUGCAUGGUGAUGGUGCUACUAGUAUAUAAUAAGUUUGUUACUCUCACUUGUUUCACAAGCUCAAGCAGAUCAUGUCUAAAAAUAUUUCUCCUAGAAUAAAGCGAAGUGGAGACGGUUCGAAUUAUAGGAAGAAAGAAACAAUAACUAGUCGGCGAACGAGAUGACAGAGACUAUCCAUUUACCAGUAGAAGUAGCAUAAAACUAGAAGAAUAGAACGUAACUACAACAGUAUUAUCUUUUAAUUAAAGUAUCCUCUCUAUUUCUCUGAUACUCCGAAGUUUUUAUGCAUUAACGCCAACGCGAAGAUGAACAGAAACAAGAUAAAGUAUCAUCUCAGAUCUCUAAUCCAUAAUAGCUCCGGGGGUAGCUCCAGCAGUUCCUCUUGCGGACGUGAUGGGCAGGGUCUCUCCUCUUCGUAUGGUGCUAGUAGAAAUUUGUCUGGUGCUAGUACAAGUGGAGCCGACUACUACGAAACUCAAAUAG